AUGUCGGAUCCUUACCACAGAACAGAAGCCCUGGAACUCUACCACCACGCCGUGAUCCUCCUCUCCACGCACUCCCAAGGCCUACAGGGCCGGUCCCGCUCCCGGGCCACCCAAAUCCGGCAGAGCCAGGCCCUGCACAGCGUGGCGGCCCUCAUCCGCCGCCACCGACACCCCCACCCAACCCCGCCCCUCGCGCUCUCCGCGUAUACAAUCGCCCUCGCCUUCUCCGUGACGUACAGCCACCUCAAAGAAGCCCGAUCACCCAGCGCCCGGGCGCUGGCGCUCGAGCAUGUCGAUCUCUUUCAUCCAGCGGCGCGAGCAGGAGCUGGUUUCCCUAGCUGUGAUGGUGGCGGUGGGGAGGCUGUGGUCGCACGCAGUUCUGAAUAUCAAGCGCUGGCGCCUAGCGAGUUUCAUCACGAUGGUAAUCCUGACGAAGCUACACUGCUGCCCAGCCGCUUUACGGGUAAUCUUCAAGGUGAAGGUCUCGAAGGUCAGACAUCCAAGAUCGCCUCGCUUCUGGAGGGUUGUUCCGCCCUGUCGUCGUCGGAGUAUGGGGCGUACUUUGAUAGCUUUCUGGAGAAUUUCUCGGAUUCGGGAUUUCCGUUGCCGGGGUUCUUCUUGGGGGAGCCGGCUGUUUGCUGA